UUUGUUUUGCAGUCAGGCUACUUGAUCAGUUCAUCUCAGUCCUAUUGGUGAGAAAAUUUUAUGUUGGAGUGUAGAGUCUGCUAUGGUCAACAUUUACAAAGUAGUGCUAUGUGGCAAGACCGGAGUAGGAAAGACUUCCAUUUUUCAGCGAAUGUGUGGAUCAAAAGGCACACUGGAAAGUGGAAAAGCUGUUCAAAAGACAAUGAUGAAUCACGAGCGUCAAGUGAUAGUUAAAAUAGAUGACAGUGAUGACACAGUUCAGGUAUGGCUCUACCAAGGAAAAUUAGUCAUUAUCUUGUAUGUUCUAGCUAAAAUUGGUUUUGAAAAGUUCUUUAAUUUUUCAUUUGCCUUUGAACUAAAAAUAAUGGAUGGGUCAUUUGUUAUGGGAAGGAAAAGGUGGAUUGGCUGGUGCAGUUUCAUAAUGCCUGCUCCCCCCUCUUAGAGUGGGGUUUUGUUGGUCCCUCCAGUGUUUUCUGCUUUUGUAGAAAGGAAAAUAGAACACACAGAAAACAUGACUGUUCAGAAAUGGUUUCAGAAUUUUAUGUAGCCCCUCAUUUUCAGGCACACCAAAAAAACAUGAUUCCUUUCCAGUUGCUCUGGUUCACCCACCCCCCCAAUAAUGAAUGACCAUACCCCAAGUACAUUUGUAAUAAAAGAAGUUGACACACUUGGCUGAAAAAACUUUCAUUACAAAAACAUAUAUUUGUUUCUCUAAAUCCAUAGUAAAAUGUUCCACCCUCUCCUCAUACCUUGCCCCCAUUGCCAUUUCUGAUCUUGCCUACAUUAGGAACAAAGCAUUAAGUUCAGGGGGGAAAACAAAAUUUCAGUUGUUUUAACCUGUAACUCCCAUAAGUGACCAAGACAUAGUUUCUCCUUACAAUGUCAAUACGAUAUCAAGUAGAAAAGUGAUGAGAAUAAAGAAAAAUAUCAAUUAGGCAAUUAAUAGUUGAUCCAAUCCCAAAUUCUCUGAGCUAUCAUCCUAAGAUUGGAUGGCACACAGUAAGGAAAAUUACUUUUGAGAUCUUAGGAGUGAAAGCAUGAAGGGAAAAGGGGAAAUUAAAUUGGCAAGGGGUGUACACAAAAAUGGGUUAGUGUCACCCCUUCAUUCAUCACUUUAAUUCAUUGUUUUAAAUAUUGUAUAGUAGUCUGCUACUAUUUUAAAGGAAGAUGCCUUGUCAUGAUUGGCUGACAAUUCCUUGUCACAAUCAACUCAAAAAUAACAAAUUUAAAGAAAAAGAUUGGCAUGAAUGAGUGCCAAAUCAAAGUCAACAAAACAAUUUGAUAUUUGGAGAGGGGAGCAAAGGGGUAUCAUGAUGAAUCUAAGAAAAAUUCACAUGUCACAUAUACAAACAGUAUUUCACCCAUCUUGGUUGUAUAUUACGGGAAAACUUUAUAUCUCACCUUUCCUCAUCUUUCUGUAAAAUUAAUGCAUCAUAUUAAUUAAUUUUGGUCUUAAUUAUGCAUGACACAUCAACCCUUUGCCAAUCUCUUUGAGUACUAUGAAGGAAACACCUCUAUUGAAUUCUUUUAGAGGAGGGAUGUAUGGGACCAUGGCUUUCAUUUGGAGCAUUGGCAUCAGGCACACUGUACAGUAUCAGCAUUUACACCAGUAGACACAACUAUCCACAUUCCCUCUUGGUUAUAUUACCAACAAAUACAAUUAACCUCAAUUCUUUCUGCUUGCAUAGGUUGUUGAUUCAAAUAGCCUACACCAGCACCCCAAGCAAUGAUAAACUUGUACAACAUGUCAAAAUAUGUGUUUUUUUUUUUUCAAUUUCCAGUUUAAUCUAUGGGACACUGUUGGACUCGAAGAAUAUGCCCAGUUAACAAGGUCUCAGUUCUUGUUGAGCCAAGCUGUUCUGUUUGUGUACAGUGCAGAUGAUAGGGAUUCUCUCAGCCAAGUAGCUGAGCUGCUACAAUUGGCCAAAAUUAAUGCACAGGGAGCUUGCUUUAUUUUGAUAACAAACAAAAUUGACUUGACAGAAACUGUCAGUGCAGAUGACAUCAGUGAGUGUUUUCCAAACAAUCCUUUCACACUUACAUUAAGAACUUCUGCUUUAACUGGUGAUGGUAUCCAGGAAAUGGUACAAUCAGUGGCUCGGCAUUUGUUCCGGAAAGCCACACCCAUGAAAUCAAUAGGUCGCCAUACUCUUCAUGGUGGAGGUGCAAGCUUUAACAAAUCCAGCACUCAUUGCAAUAAUGGGUCAUUGGAAGUUAUACAGUUGAAUAUAGAAGAGAAACAGGUACCUCGUAGGAAAAAGAAAUGCUGCCAUCAUUAAAACAAUAGCAAACUUUGUAGACAAAAUUAUUGGUGAAAAUGUUGUGCAUUGAAGAAUUCUGUGGUUGCUCAACACAGAUCUCUCAGCUAAAUCUCAAUGGUCUGAGCUAUUUCUUUAGAAAGAGAGAAAAUUAUUUCUUGUUACUUUACACUACUCUUGUACAAUUACAUGACUGUACAUUUUUUAAUUAAAAAUCCAAGUAUGUCUCCUACAAUAUGGAUGAACAAAUGAAUACGGAAGUGAUCCUUGUAGUUAUGAACACUACUUAAGAAGUAGUGAAAAUAAGGCCUGAAAAAAAUUGAGGACUAUAGAGGAUUUGAACUCAUUACCUCCAUGAUACCAGUGCAGCACUCUAAGAUGGCUACCUUACUCGUUUCUCCAACUGCAAUUCAUGCAUGGUUUUCAUAUAUUUACAGUCAUGAAUGAACAAUUGUCCAUGUAGUGCAAGAAAGCAAUUGGAUUUUUCUGGCAGAUUUUGUCAGUUCUCAGAUGUAAAACCCUUUUUGCCUUAACAUUAGUUUGCCUUAACAUCAGUAUACAAUUUCUCCAUAUACUGUUCUCUAUACAUUUCCUAGUAGUAGUACUGAGUAGGACAAUUAUGGCAUUGCUAUAUGAUUCAGUGGUGAUACAGUGAGGAGAAAUUGGAUGCUGGUCACUCUAAGGGAUUUGAGGCUUAAUUUGGUACUCAACCUGGGAUUCAUGUUGUUGAAUAGAAAAAAAGCCUUGAGCAUCAUAUCAGAGAUUAGAAUCUAUAAGUAUUUUCACUAGAGGGUUUUGUACAUAUAACUGGUGGUGAAGGUGUAUUAAAGAAAUAAACAGUGCAAAAAACAUAAAAAUUCAAAAGCAAAAACAAAAGAAAUAUUCAGUUUUAUGAAUAUUUGUUUGCAGGACAUGCAUUGUCAACCUUUAAAAUUGUUUUUAUUGUAAUUCACUACAAGUCAUGCCAGUAUUUACUUUCAUUGUUGUCUGUUUAUGUGAAACUUUACUAUAAAAAGAAACAAUUUAUAGAACAGAAAUCAUUUUCAUCUUGUAUCUUUCAUCUUUUAUUUUGUAUACAUAAU